AUGUACAGUGAAAUGGCUCAUGAUCGCCAGAAACUGUAUCAUGAUUCAGGCCUCCGACACCAGCCCUAUGCAGUCGGUGCCAUGGUGUGGCUCCAUAAUCCAGUGGAGAGCCGCAUGAAGCUGGCGCCCCACUGGAAGGGACCUUUUAAGAUUGCACAAAUCUUUGACUCUGGUGGUGAGCCAGGACUGACAUACCGGAUCGUUAGCCCUAUGGACUCAGAUGGACAAGGACAGGAUGCUUUCAGGAGUGCUAGAAUGUACAGUGAAAUGGCUCAUGAUCGCCAGAAACUGUAUCAUGAUUCAGGCCUCCGACACCAGCCCUAUGCAGUCGGUGCCAUGGUGUGGCUCCAUAAUCCAGUGGAGAGCCGCAUGAAGCUGGCGCCCCACUGGAAGGGACCUUUUAAGAUUGCACAAAUCUUUGACUCUGGUGGGUCAUGUGCGGAUCCAGAUGUUGAGGUGCACAAAGCUGUUGGAGACUCACUGGAAUUAAUCGCUGAUUAUCCAAAAAAAGAUCUUGAAGUGCAGUGGAAAUAUAAUCUGAUUAUAUUUGCUGAGUAUCAAAAUGAUAAUUUCCAAAAGGUGAAAUCUGAAUCAUUUAAUGACAGGUUAAAGAUGAAUAAGGACACUAUUAGUGUAACAGUAACAGACCUUAAACUGCAGGAUUCUGGAAGAUUCUUUAUUGUUGCAGUAGGAAAAUCUGAACAAUAUGACACAAAAGGCUUUGUACUUCAUGUUCAUGAGCUCAUCAGAGAGGUAAAGAUUGAGUACAAUUAUUUCUGGCUGCAAUCAAAAAACAUCUGCAUGUUUCAUCUCCGGUGUCUGGCGUCUGGAGAUCCGAAUCCCUCCUACAGCUGGAUCAGUCAUCAGACUCAAGGAUCACAGCUGAAUAUCAGCCUCGGUUUAGCAGAGAACGCUAUACUCAACUGCACAGCCAGCAACACCGUCAGCGUCAAGUAUACCACUGAGACUGUAGUGUGCACAGAGAAAUCUGACAAUUCAACUACAUCAGGAUUUCGUCAGGAGUAUUUGCUGAUCGCGGUAGGCGUCGGUAUCGUCGCAGUCAUUAUAUUCAGUGGAACAGUCGCUGUGUGCUGCAGGUGGAGGAAGAAUAAAGGACAAGGAGAAAGUGAAGCUGGUAUUACAGUCUAUGAAGACGUGAACACAGCAAAGAAACGAUCUGAAAGUGUUCCAAACGGGAUGUCCAUUUAUGAAACGGUGGAUGACAUAAAACUCUCACAAAACUUGCCUCAAACCCUGUAUGACAAAAUCAACUAUCAGCGUCACCCUGCGGUCAGCGCCAGCACUUCCUCCCCUUACCAGGAAGUCCUGUGAGUGUGAGACAGACAGACGGUUCAUGUAUUGUUUUGUCAUCUUAUCUCUGGAUUGAGUUAACCAGCCUCCCAUAUGUAUUGUUGGCUGCAUCGGUUGACCUUUGAACUCUUGCAUUAAAUGCACUGUGUAUUCAAUGCAUCACAUUGGAACACUUUUUUAUGACUUUUUUUUUUGUAUUAUUAUUAUUAUUUUUUGGGCAGAAUUCACAA